CAGCUGAAGAUCUUUCCCCCACUAUCAACACGCUGCCGUUUUGUCAGUUCCAGAAGUAAAUACAAUAACAACAAAAACAAUUUUUUCAGUCUUUUUUUUCCUCUAAUAAUAUUUUUUAAUUUUUGGUGGUCAAAUAAAAAAAUAAAUAACGGCAGAAAAAGCAACAGCGUGUAAAAAACGCUGGACCAAUAGUGGGAUUGUUCGCCAAUCCUUUUCCUUCAGAUUUUCGUUUUUUUAUUUUAAUAAAUUGCCCCCUAAAAAAUGAAAUAAAAAUUCCCAUUGGAUACUACUUUAUGAAUUAUUUUGGGGAAAAUCAAAAGGACAGAGAAAAGAAGGAAAACGAACAAAAAACAGAACCAGCUAAAGCUUUCUCUUUUCUUUUUCCUUUCGUUGAGAGAGAGAUAUUUGAGAGGAAACAAAUUCUCUCCUCCUCAACCUCAACGUAUAGCGGCGUGGGGCUGUCCGAAAUCUCGCUGGAAACGAAUCCCUCCCUCCCGGCAACGCAACCCCAACCCCAAACCCGCCAGGCUAAUACGCCAAUUUCGAUCUCCCCCACAGAAGAAGAACCUCCCGAUCAAAAACAGCGAACCAGUUGCAUUUCGAUCUCAAAACACUUUCUUCUUCCGGGAUUCGCACUCCUCGGCGCUGAAAUUUGGUGGGUUUGAUUCCCGGUGAAAUGGGUUGUGAUAAUUGUUUCCAGAUUUUGAUGGGUUUGUUUUUAAUUCGAAAAUUGUUUCCAAAAUGUCGUCUUGCUCAUAUUGCAGGUGUUCCAGCUGCGAGUCUCCCUCCACCACCUCUUGUUUUCCGGCGAAACAGCAAGAGGGGGGAGAGAUGGAUUACGAGAGCAGUAGUUGGAUCUGGGAUGGGGUUUACUGCCACCCGCAUCUCUUCGGCGGCCUGAUGCUCACCGCCGCCUUGCUGGGUUUAUCCACCAGCUACCUCAGCGGAAUCGGCUUCUCUUCUUUCCCCUACAUGUUCUCCGAUCUGGGCAUCUUCCCUACCAAGAGGCGCGAGAACAAGAAGCGGGUCCGAGUCUACAUGGAUGGUUGCUUCGAUCUCAUGCAUUACGGCCAUGCCAAUGCGUUGAGGCAAGCCAAGGCCUUGGGGGAUGAAUUGGUGGUUGGAGUUGUGAGCGAUGAGGAGAUCAUUGCCAACAAGGGCCCCCCUGUUUUGUCCAUGGAAGAGAGAUUGGCCCUUGUGAGCGGAUUAAAAUGGGUGGAUGAAGUGAUUGCCGACGCUCCUUAUGCUAUUACGGAGCAAUUCAUGAACAGUCUGUUCAACGAGCAUAAGAUUGACUAUAUCAUACAUGGUGAUGAUCCUUGCCUUCUUCCUGAUGGAACCGAUGCAUAUGCCUUGGCCAAAAAAGCCGGCCGUUACAAGCAAAUCAAACGGACUGAAGGUGUUUCCAGCACAGAUAUUGUAGGAAGGAUACUUUUGACGUCCAAGGAUGACGAGGUUCGAGACAACCAGGAUGGCUCAUCACCUUUACCUGCUGAUAAGGGAACUCAAUCCCAUAGUUCGCACGUUUCACAAUUUCUACCAACGUCUAGACGGAUAGUGCAGUUUUCUGAUGGCAAGGCGCCGGGACCAAAUGCUCGUGUUGUCUACAUUGAUGGAGCCUUUGACUUGUUCCAUGCUGGGCAUGUUGAGAUUCUCAGAAAAGCUAAGCAGCUUGGAGACUUUCUACUAGUUGGGAUCCACACAGAUCAAAUUGUCAGUGAACAGAGAGGGAAAUAUUACCCAAUCAUGCAUUUGCAUGAACGUAGCCUUAGUGUUCUAGCAUGCCGGUAUGUUGAUGAAGUCAUCAUUGGUGCACCAUGGGAGGUUUCCAAGGAUGUGAUAACAACUUUCAACAUCUCACUGGUGGUGCAUGGGACUGUUGCAGAGCGAAACUCCUCAUCACCUGGAGGAAAUGAUCCUUAUGCAGUCCCAAAGGCCAUGGGUAUUUUCAGGAUGCUCGACAGCCCUAAAGACAUAACAACCACAUCAGUCACCAAGCGUAUCAUCGCUAACCACGAGGCCUACACGAAACGAAAUGCGAAAAAGACUCAGAGCGAGAAGAAAUACUACGACGAGAAGGUAUACGUUUCAGGAGACUGAUCAAAGACGGACUGAGAUAUUUUGGCCAAGUAAAGAGGCGUUUGUGCUGCAGCAUAUAUAGGCUUAUGGUAUGGUUUAUGUGAAGAAGAGAGAACCCAUAAAGACGGAGAGCCAUGUUUGCCCCGAAAUGGUUCAGAGAAAUGGUGGCCAAAAAUGUCAAUUCAGUUAAUGGUAGAAUCAUCAUCAAUAUCAUACACAGGUAGAAAGAUGAAGGGCAAGAUUCCGCAGCCAUCGAACACAUCCUUUAACAGCUGCUGCUGCUGCUGCUGCCUUACUGUUAUUCUUUUCAGGUUUCGUAGUGGAAGCAGCCAGCAGAAGCCCUCCAGAAAACUUUAUCAUCAAGUAGAACAGUUAAAAAUAGUUUAUUCCUGUAGGGGGGAGCCUUUUUUCCUGCUUUUCAUUUCUGGGUUUCUAUCCCUUAUCUUCAUUUUAUCCUACAUUACGUCCUAUUCUUUCUGUGCAUUGAGAUCGUGUACUUUCAAGGUGGGGGUGUGAAAACCAAGUUGAUUAUUAUGAGUGGAUUGUUGCCCAGCUAACAAGAUGUUAAGCCUGUAUUUGGAAGGACUUGAUCCAAAUUAGAGUAUAGUUUAUGGCAAUUCAAGUUGCUAAUAGGAAAUUACCGGUUUUGUUUAGUAUGAAUCUGUUAAAUUGGAUAUAGUUUUUUCUUAUGUUACAAAGUAACUUUUUUUUGUGUGUGCGCUUAUGUUGCAAAGUUGCAUGAGCAUAGAAUCUUGCCAUUUCACUGGUUUUCAAAUUGCACACACUCAAAAUUAGUUUAGGAGAAGUUACAUAUUCUUAUGCUAUUUUCCCCCAAAAUUUGUGCGUUUAAGGGGUGUUUCAACCUUUUUUCAUUGAACUAAGUACAAUCAAGUCAAAGUACAACCCAAUCAAGUCAAAGUAUAACUAGUAACUCAAAUAUGGAGUCAUUAAAAUAUGUGUCAUAUCGACAAAGAAUGGCCCAAGGAAGUCAGGUAAUCAGCUGCAAAGUUUGGCUCUCGAAAGAUAUGCUCGAUGCGGACUUGCAGGAAGAGGUAAUAAUUUGUGUAUCUCAACCACAAUCAGCUGCAAAGUUUGACUCUCGAAAGAUAUGCUCGAUGUGGACUUGCAGGAAGAGGUAAUAAUUUGAGUAUCUCAACCACAAGAGUAAAAUGUGGAUGAUUCCUUUGUGCAGCUACAUUAGGUGACAAGCCGUUUGAGAGUCACUUUGUGAAACAACCUUCCUAAUCUCCAAUUCUUGGAUAAUCUUGAUACCAUGUACAGAUCCAGCUAGCUCUGCACAUGUAAUUGACCCCCAAGUUCAAAGAGAAAAUUCGAAUAAAGCGAUCAUCGUUUCCUUUCACGAUGGCGCAUGUCGCCGUGCUCAAAGGAGAGUGAACGAGAGGUUAGGCUCCCCUAAUCUUGUUGUGGUAGUUUCCAGCGUAUUAGUCGUCGUUCUCACGAGUCACGACCUCCCCUGUCCAAAAUUGGUGUUCUUCUUCACAAAGGUAGCUGUAGUGUAUUGCCUUAGAUGUCAAAUCUGGAGCCGCACAAUAAUCUCAAUUUCUCGCGCUUGAAUCGGUGAUUAAUCGGGUUCUUCCACAUUGACCAACAUGUUCCUGUAAAAAGAGAAGCAUCAAUGUGAAGGUACCUUGGCCGGUAAAAUAGUGGAGGAUCCAUUGAACCAUAUAUAAUUGGAAGAAUACUAGAUCAGUAAUAUCACUUCCAUUGCAGUCAAAAGUUCGAUUUUAAAUAAAAAAUCGUUUUAAUGAUCUAGAAGUGUAAAAAGAUAAGUUCUUACCUUUUGAAUCGAGAUUUGUACUAAAUUAGUAAGUAAAAGCACUUAAACAUGUAAAAACAUUUUAAUGACCUAGUAAAAAGCAUAAACUUGC